GUUAUUUACGGUAACAAAAGUCGAAUGAAUUUAGACCCUCUGCUGUACCCGUAGUCUGGACUGUACCAAACCGGCCGGGGGAGAGGUGCAUCGCGCCCAGCCCUGGCUGUUCGCCUAGUGCCACUGGACAAGCGCCAGCCGUGGCCGGUUGUGCGAUUUGAAGCGCACGCAGCGGGGGCGGAGAAAGUGGCCAAUGCUGAAUACGGUAUCCUAAGUGAAGGUUAACACUAAAUCCUCACGAUGUCCCUGAAACCACGCGUAGUUGAUUUUGAUGAAACAUGGAACAAACUUCUAACAACAAUUAAAGCUGUUGUAAUGUUGGAUUAUGUUGAAAGAGCAACAUGGAAUGACCGCUUCUCGGACAUAUAUGCUCUAUGUGUGGCCUAUCCAGAACCUCUUGGAGAGAGACUUUAUACUGAAACUAAAUUUUUUUUGGAAAAUCAUGUACGCCAUUUGCACAAGUGUGUUCUGGAAUCUGAAGAACAAGUACUGGUUAUGUAUCAUAGAUAUUGGGAAGAAUACAGUAAAGGGGCAGACUACAUGGACUGUUUGUACAGGUACCUCAACACGCAGUUUAUUAAGAAGAACAAAUUAACUGAAGCUGAUCUUCAGUAUGGCUAUGGAGGUGUGGAUAUAAGUGAACCACUGAUGGAAAUAGGAGAGCUAGCAUUAGAUAUGUGGAGGAAAUUAAUGAUUGAGCCACUGCAAACCAUCCUCAUUCGAAUGCUCCUGCGAGAAAUCAAAAACCCAAGCUAUACUUCUACAAGGCAAGCUGAAUGUCAACUUUUGCAUUUGUGUUUGAAUACAGCAGGAGGCAGACAAGAUCAUGAAUUUGAUCGAUGUGGAGAAGACCCAAACCAGAAAGUAAUCCAUGGGGUUAUUAACUCCUUUGUUCAUGUUGAACAGUAUAAGAAAAAAUUCCCCCUAAAGUUUUAUCAGGAAAUUUUUGAGUGUCCUUUCCUGAACGAAACAGGGGAAUAUUAUAAACAAGAAGCUUCAAACUUAUUGCAAGAGUCAAACUGCUCACAGUAUAUGGAAAAGGUUUUAGGUAGAUUAAAAGAUGAAGAAAUGCGAUGUCGGAAAUACUUGCACCCGAGUUCAUAUGGCAAAGUAAUUCAUGAAUGCCAGCAGCGAAUGGUAGCAGAUCACUUGCAGUUUCUGCAUGCAGAAUGUCAUAAUAUCAUCAGACAGGAGAAAAGAAGUGACAUGGCAAACAUGUACACUCUGCUUCGUGCUGUGUCAAGUGGCUUACCUCAUAUGAUUCAGGAACUACAAAACCAUAUCCAUGAUGAGGGCCUUAGAGCAACCAGCAAUCUUUCUCAGGAAAAUAUGCCAACUCAGUUUGUGGAGUCAGUUUUGGAAGUGCAUAGUAAAUUUGUUCAACUUAUCAACACUGUUUUGAAUGGAGAUCAGCAUUUUAUGAGUGCCCUUGACAAGGCUCUAACAUCUGUAGUAAACUAUAGGGAACCCAAGUCGAUCUGCAAAGCACCUGAGCUGCUGGCCAAGUAUUGUGAUAACUUGCUGAAGAAAUCAGCCAAAGGAAUGACAGAGAAUGAAGUAGAAGAUAAACUUACAAGUUUCAUUACUGUUUUCAAAUACAUUGAUGAUAAAGAUGUUUUCCAGAAGUUCUAUGCCAGAAUGUUGGCAAAACGAUUAAUUCAUGGUUUGUCUAUGUCUAUGGACUCUGAAGAAGCCAUGAUUAAUAAACUAAAGCAAGCCUGUGGCUAUGAGUUUACCAGCAAACUCCAUCGAAUGUAUACAGACAUGAGCGUUAGUGCAGAUCUCAACAAUAAAUUCAACAACUUCAUCAAAAACCAAGAUGCCACUAUAGAUUUGGGAAUUAGUUUUCAGAUAUAUGUUCUACAGGCUGGUGCAUGGCCUCUAACUCAGGCUCCUUCAUCAACAUUUGCAAUUCCUCAGGAACUGGAAAAAAGUGUACAGAUGUUUGAAUUAUUUUACAGUCAGCACUUCAGUGGGAGGAAGCUUACUUGGUUACAUUAUCUUUGUACAGGUGAAGUAAAAAUGAACUAUUUGUGUAAACCUUAUGUAGCCAUGGUUACAACAUACCAAAUGGCAGUACUGCUUGCCUUCAACAACAGUGAAACUGUCAGUUAUAAAGAACUUCAGGAUAGCACACAGAUGAAUGAGAAGGAACUGACAAAAACCAUAAAAUCAUUACUUGAUGUCAAAAUGAUCAACCAUGACUUAGACAAGGAAGAUAUAGAGGCGGAAUCUACUUUUUCAUUAAAUAUGAACUUCAGCAGUAAACGAACAAAAUUUAAAAUUACUACAUCAAUGCAGAAAGACACACCACAGGAAAUGGAGCAGACCAGAAGUGCUGUAGAUGAAGACAGGAAAAUGUACCUUCAAGCUGCUAUAGUCCGUAUCAUGAAAGCACGUAAAGUGUUGCGACAUAAUGCUCUUAUUCAGGAGGUAAUUAGCCAAUCAAGAGCUAGGUUUAACCCAAGUAUCAGCAUGAUCAAGAAGUGUAUUGAAGUUCUGAUAGAUAAACAAUACAUUGAGCGAAGCCAGGCCUCAGCAGAUGAAUACAGUUAUGUAGCAUGAUGUUGCUAUCCAGCAGGCGUGGUUGUAAGAAGAUCAUUGCUGUCACUGUUUGGUGUGUUCCUGUGGGAAGAAGCAGGCGUGUGCCUCCAUACCUGGUCACUUGGCAGCCCCUGUUUUUCUGCUGUUUACAACAUCACCAGUGCCACGUCAUGAGCGUCAAUGAAAAUGCCUAUAGAUAUUUCAAGCUCAUGUCAUUAUGACAUUUCUUAAAACUUUACUAAAAGAAUGAGUGAAGUAUUGCUGAAAUGUGGAAAUUUGGUUGGGUACCAUGCUUUCCCCUCCCUCCCCUUCACGUUUGCAGUUGAUGUUUUUUAAUGUAUCUUAAAAGAAAAAGUUAAACUAAAUAUUGUAAUAUGACAGAUAUCCUAAUAAUUGUAUCUACAUUAAAAUGUAAAAAAGAUGAACAUGAUACUGCUGCUUGUCAAAUAAAAAAAGAAAUGGAAUAUGUCUCCAGGUU